AUGAACAGAGACUGGGUGAUUGAACAAGGCGCUCAAACAAGCAAAACCCCAACAUGCCUGCUACUCAAAUCAGAUGUGUCAUUUGACUUAUUUGGUUAUGAAGCGAUGGAAAAGUACAGCAAUCUUCAAGAUGAAAGAGAAGAGAAAGAUCAUCUCUUUUUCAAACAUUUUAAAAUGACUCUUCAAAAUGAGGAGGUAAGAAUGAGCCCCACUGAUUAGUUUCAAAGAUAAAUUAUUAAAGACAUAAACCGCACUUCCUAUUGGUUUAAGGCGUGAUUACCCGCGCAAGAUGUUGGGAAAACACGAGGAACGUUUGUGAAUCGCGAGUUGGAUGCCAGUCUAUUUCCAUUGAAACAUUUUGAUAGACUUUAAUAUUCUAUGGGUUAGCCGGUGCAAUAAACGGUUUUUGACAAACCAGGGUGCCUGUAGUAUCUCAGUGAUACUUUUCACGUUCUAGAACGAAAAAGAGAGCACACAAAAGCCCGAAAGGAGUUGCUUGAAAGAAUUUUCUUUUUCUUUUUUUCUUUUUUUAAUUUAGUAUUGAACAAAGUAUUGAACAUAUCGUUUGAUCUCGUUGAUUUCCACAAAGACGUUUACAAGAUGCUUACUUAAUGCCAACGUAAGAAGCGCUGGCUCGACCUUAGCCCUGAUAGAUAGAUAGACUAUAAGUCCACCAUAGCUGUCAGGUUCAACCGUACAAUUGCUGAUCUUGAAGGACUUUGUCAUGGCGAAAGCAUGGGUAUAAAAUUUCAAUUCCGUCAUCUUUAAUCGUAUCAUACGCAUUUAUCUUCGUCAUCCUUAAAUAUUUGGUUCAUCUGAAGUUUCUUAGAAUCGCUUCUUUGCUAAGGUGAUUGCAAAAAAAUAUGGCGGCCUUUUUUCCCUUUAAACACUGGGUUCAUUCUCUUCUAGAGUCUUGACAGCAGUCAGCAGACAGGAGAUGAUCAUUUCAGUCCAGACGAUGUCCAAUGGGUUCUAACUGUUCCGGCAAUAUGGACUCCAAGUGCAAAGCAGUUUAUGAGAGAAGCAGCUUAUCAUAUCUUAUCCAGUUUGAAAUAAAUGCCCCCAAAUCUUGAAAUCUGGGCGUGCUCACAACUUUACAUGUGUAUUUAGGCGAGCCAAUCUCAUGGCAAACAUGGUCAUAACAUUUAAUAGGGCAUGUUUAUUUUCAUCGGCUUUACUACAUCUUUCAGGUUUGUAUUUAGGUUUGCUAUCUAAAUUAAAAAGUCUGUCUUUUUUCAAAGGCUGGUGUGGGAUCACCAGAGAAUCCUGAUCAACUGAUGAUGCUUUGGAGCCAGAAGCGGCUGCAAUUUUCUGUCAAGAGAAACAUUUCAGUGAUUUUCAGGCGGAAGUUGGUAGUAGACCUGCGGAUGGCAUACUAUCACAAAUUAACACACACUACGUUGUCGUGGACAUUGGAGUUAUGUAACUCAAGUUAACACGCUGAGAACGUAGCAGUUAACGUAUAACAUCAUCGUUCACUAUAAUUUUUUUAACUUACAGAUUAAGGACACGAGUAGAUAAAAUGCAAAGAUUCCAUUAAUUGACUGCUACAUUAUAUCGUCAUCCUCUAUGGUAGUUAGGGAAAGAGUUUUUUUAGGACUAAAAUACUAUCUGCCCACUGCCCAUAAGACAAUUUUCACAAAGACCGCAUGAGCUUAAUUCAACCCUGAAUAAGCUAAAUACGUGGUCCUAGACAUCAUUCAGGUAAAUAUAUUUAUUUACAUCAUUAUUGCGCAUAAGUAUCACAUAUCGACAUUCCUAUCCUCGAAAUGUGUAGUAGGUUGAAAAUUCGAAUUACUUAUCAGAAGGUCGUCGGUUCGACGCCCAGUGGGAGCACUCCAAGCUUUUUUUUUUUUUAGAAUAUUUUUUUUGUCAUUCACUGAAUAACAGUUUUCUUCACGUAAACCACCAAGCUUAAAAAUUAUGCAUCAUUAAGCGAAGCAAUGCUGUUGAUUAUCAACAAGCCAAAUGGUUCGGAGUCAUACCCCUAUGAAUUAGGGUUGCGCUGGAAUUUCCAACCGCGAACGUAAAAGAAUCUAUCACAAAAAGUUGCAUAGCUUUGGAAUACACGAAAACUUAAAAUGGGAGCAAUAGGUAUUUAGUAUUGCCAGUGCCUCAUAUUCUGCGAACACUGCACAAACUGUGACCACCGCAUGGGCAAAAAGGCUUGUAGAUUCUUUUAAUACUCUACAAGGACUUGAGAGUCCUAUCCAAACUCUACUACUGUUUUUCGGUUUAUUGACCCUCGCCAGCCAACCUGCCAGAACACCUUCGAAAGGUCCAAAUCGAUCGCCGCAAAUUUUGUCCAUAGAAUAUUUAACAAUUACUCGCCUCAGGCUCGGUAAAUAUCAUGAUUAAUAAUUUCCGAGACAACGUCGAGAGUAUUAUUCAACAAUAUUCAUUCAGCCUGAGGCGAAUAAUUGCUUUGGUAUAACUGCUCAGGAGCUUUCGAAUUCUGCGGUAAAUUCGUUUUGAUGUUGAAACCAUUCUGUUACAAUUGUUUUGGUUACUCGUAUCAAGAUAAGCAGCCAGUUUACACUAGAAUUUAACAGGUUCAUUUAAUUAAAAAAGUUCUCAUAUUUCUUUUGAAAAGUGUUACGCCAAACUUAGUAGCAUCUUUUGUGGUCUUUAGAGUUGUAUUUUCUUUCAUCACGUGUAUCAUUUUCUGCGACACACUAAUAAAACGCGAGGGAGCCUUUAAAAAUUUUGCACCCCUACUUUAAUCACCUCACGCGAGUGAUUCUAGCAAGAAAUGACGCAAUACUCGACCAGUCUGAGCUCGUGCAUCUCUAUAAUCACCGGAGCAAUUAUACUAAACUCACAUAUAUAAAAAGCAUGACUGACGUAUUUGAUUAAAGAAGGUCUCAAAUCAAUGAGAGGAGAGACUUUUAUCAACUCAAAGUAAGAACCAUUCUUUAAAAAUUAAUUUCAGAGGUGAUUAUUGAAAGCUUGGUAGUAAAUAAGUAUUAGCAAAUCUCUUAGGCUAUGUUUUUUUAAUAAUUGAUGUUAGCAUGCUAACCAUUAUCAUCAUUUUUGUUAGUGAUCGUAUUAGUGUUAUUAUUAUUAUAUUUUCGGUAUCAUUAUUGCUACUAUUAUCAUUACUAUUACUACUUUUACCAUCAUUAUUAUUAUCAUCCUGGUUGGAACCAACCCUUUUUUUAAGUUCAACUCUCGUUUGAAGGGGUAAAAAUCCUUACAGUAAACAUACUAGGAAUCACCAAGAAAGUUAUUGGUUGUCCCGUGAAGUCAAUGAUACAUCUACAAUGUAGAGUAAUCGCAAAAAGAUUAACCAUGAUAGGAUAUAAAGUAAGUAUAUAUCAGCUGA